AUGUGUGCCUAUAAUGUGGCGCCGUACCUGGAAGAAACCAUUCACUCUAUCCUUAACCAGACUUACAGGAAUAUCGAGUUUAUCAUGGUUGAUGAUUGCUCUACGGAUGAUACCCUGGCGAUCAUGCAGCAAUAUGCUGCUUUGGAUAACCGUAUCAAAGUACUACGCAAUGCGGAAAAUAUGGGCAUGAGCAGAAGCCGGAACGUCUGUUUGGCUCAUUCGUCCGGCAAAUACAUUGCCAUACAGGACGCCGACGAUAUAUCAUUACCCCAUCGUCUUGAAACGCAGGUAAACUAUCUGGAGCAGCCCGGGCAUGAACAGGUUGGUUAUUGUGGUGCAUGGCUGGAACAUUUCGGUACGGAAACGGCGAUUAGCAAAUAUCCCGAUCUAUACCUGAAGGAAAUGCAAUUGAGUAAUUGCAUGUUCGGGCAUCCUUCCACGAUGUUCCGGAUGGCGUUAAUUGACAAAUACAAACUCUUCUUUGACGAAAAACAUGGCCCUGCCAACGAUUAUGGCAUCCAGACGGCACUGGUUCCUUAUACCGACUUUCAUAAUGUACAGGAAGUACUGGUGCGGUAUCGCCAGCAUGCCACCAACGCCAGGACUUGCCGUGAAAGAACUAUUAAUCACUCCUGCAAAAUGGAAGAAGUGAUACGUAUCUCCGCCUCCGUAGUGAAACUGAAAGAUAAAGCCGCCGAACAGAUUGCAAAAGUAACGCAAUCCAAUCAGAAAAUGCUUCUGCGUGGUCCGGAUAGUGAACAAGGUAUAUUUGACCCAACAGCAACGGAGGCGCUGAAAAAGCAGCUGAAGAGCAAUAAUCCGGAAGAUAGCCAUGCCACUAUAUGGGCAUUGAUUGUCUUCCAAUACUGGUGGAAAAAAUAUUUAGCUUAA